AUGGUGGCCGACAAGAGCAAGAAACUGAAGGUUUCUGAAAAGAGCGAGAACGCCGAGGAAAUCGACGGAGAACUUGUCCUCUCCAUUGAAAAGUUGCAGGAAAUGCAAGAUGAGCUCGAAAAGAUCAAUGAGGAGGCUAGUGAUAAAGUUCUGGAAAUCGAGCAGAAGUACAACGAGAUAAGGAAGCCCCUGUAUGAUCAGCGCAAUGAUCUUAUCAAGUCUAUUCCUGAUUUCUGGUUAACCGCUUUUUUGAGCCAUCCUGUUCUUGGUGAUCUUUUGAAUGAGGAAGAUCAGAAGAUAUUUAAGCAUUUGAGUUCUCUUGAGGUUGAAGAUCAUAAAGAUGUCAAGUCGGGCUAUUCAAUCACCUUUAACUUUAAUCAUAAUCCCUAUUUUGAGGAUACAAAACUUGUAAAGACUUUUACCUUCCUUGAAGAAGGAACAACCAAGGUUACUGCUACUCCCAUUAAAUGGAAAGAGGACAAGGACAUUCCUAAUGGAGUUAGUCAAGAAAAGAAAGGGAACAAGCGAGCUGCUUCUGAUGUCAGUUUCUUUACCUGGUUUAGUGACACCGAAGAGAAAGAAGAUUUGGAUGACCUCAUUCAUGAUGAGGUUGCAGAAUUAAUCAAGGAUGAUUUAUGGCCAAAUCCACUUAAUUAUUUCAACAGCGAGGACCCUGACGAAGCGGAAGAGGAUGAUGAUGAAGCUGGUGAUGCGGGAAAGGACGACGACGACGACUCUGAAGAUGACGAUGACGAUGAGGAGGAUGAAUAA